AUGACCACAAUAACUAUCGGGCCAAGAAGGCACAAGCGCUACGACUAUAACAGCGGGGAGAAUGGUGAGAAUAGUCUCUUCGAAAAGCAGGGUAAAGUCAAAAACCCCUCGGCAGAGGGUCGCCGGCCCGAAGUAAUUGAGAUUCUCCACAGCGCAGCUGACGGACUUUGGAGCCAUGGCGGCGGCGAUGGGGCGCAGCCUUUCGAGGUUCUCAAGUAG